AUGACAACCAUUAGGAGAAGUACUCUUAAAUCAAUGGCUAACAUCCGAACAGAUGUCAUCCAAGGGACUGUCAGUGGCGCUUUCUGGCACAGAUUCUGUGAACAACUUGAUGUUCUCUAUAUUUAUGAAGAAAAUGAAAUUGACAGCCGCAAAGACCCAGAAAUUCUGAGCAUGUCCGAAGGAGUCCUCGCCAGAGUCACAAACUACAUCCAGUACAACGUGAUCGAAGAAGCCCGGAUCGACCCCAAGAUUCUCAAAAUGUUCGAAGCUCUGAGUUUCAAAUCCAUGAAAAUUCUGGAGCUUGACAUUGUUUCCAGAGAGUUUAGGCGACUCAGAGUCCUGGACCUCAGCAACAACAAAAUCGAAGUGCUUGAGAACACUCCUCCGAACCUUGAAGAGCUGUAUCUCAACUUCAACAACAUCCAGGCAGUCAAGGGUCCUGUCAACAACUCGCUGCUACAUUUGGGGCUGAGCUACAACCACAUUGACGAGUACUUGCUUGACGAAAUUCUAAGGUUCUACCCGAAACUGUUUUCACUGAAUGUGAGCUUCAACAGACUGACCAACCUGAGAGACUCAGUGGAAGUGUGAAGCCAGUUCUCAGACCUCAAGGUGUUGGUGCUCAAAGGCAACCCAUUUGUGCUUGUUGAGUUCUACAAGCCGUAUUGUCUCAGCCAGCUCAGAAACCUCAGACUGUUCGAUGAUACUCCAAUUGCUAAAGAUGAAGGCAAGAAGAACAGAACCAUCAAGUCAGAGAAACAAACUCAGGGGACACCAGAACUCGAACUCAACAAUGACAUUUCAUUCGAUCUCAACAUUUCAGUGCUCGGAGGUAUCACUGGAGUCAAGCUUGCUGAGGAACACUUUGAAGACCCAGCUGUGUUCGAAGCUCUUGAGCCCCAGGAUAGAUCAUCACGGUUCUGGAUACAGACUGAGUUUUUGGAGCAGCCCAUCAAGAGCGAAGUAAGACUCUGGGAAACUCAGUUCCAAAAAGAUGAUGAUGUUGGCAAAACCGACUUCAAAGUGUCUCUGAGGUUCAUCAUGAAACUACUCGAGGAUGCAAACCAACCUCAGACACCACAGACUCACAAACAGUCAGUCAAAGAGUCGCCUAAGCAAGAUGACAACGAUGAACCAAUCACAGUCAACUUCUCUCACUCUCUGUAUGAAAGCAUUCUUGGCGGGCUCUGGGUCGAGCUCUAUGAAGAAUACCCGGUUCUCAUUGAGUCAGAAAAUGAUGAUGGAGAAACCAUCCGUAGAGCUGAUUUAGUCGACAGCAAGCCCAGGUUCAAAACAGCAAUCAGAGGAGUCGCCAGAGUCAACACUGAGAAGUGGAUCCUCCAAUCGGGCCCUGCCAAGACCACCAUCUCCGACACUCUGUCACAGAAGUUUUGCAUGAAGAACUUCUUUUAUAAAAUCAAGUACAGAGCCAUCCCUGAGUUCUUCAUGCUCAACCACAAUGUAAGCUUGAAACCCAGCGAGACCGAAGCCAUCGACUCAUAUGUAAAAUCGAAGCGAGACAAAAUGGCUCAGCAAGAAGCUGAAGAGCGUGAAAAAGCAGCUGAGAAAGAAACCCAGAAGAAAGAUCCGAAGAAAGAUAAAGCAGCCAAGAAAGCUGAUGACAAAAAUGCUGUUGCUGUUGAAGUCAAUGACCCUGAAGACAUUCCGUUUGCUAAAGACUACACUCUCAUUGAGAAAAAUUACAAACAGAACAUUUCCAAAGCCAAUAAAGGAGAGUUCCCAGUUCCUGGAAAGCUUGAUGGAGUCCACAGCAGCAAGAAACAUGAGACCAGCAAAGAUGCAAGCAAAGAAGUCACUGCAGAGCAAAGAGAAAGGCACAAACAGAAGAAGAUCAUGAAGGACUAUGACAUCAUCUUAUCACUCAAAUCAUGGCUGACGAUCGAGAUGGCAAUGAACCAGCCAGAGCCGGUUGAAGAAGUUGAACAAGAAGAGGAGCCUCCCGUAUCAGACAAGAAGAAUGCUAAAGGUAAAAAGAAGUAG